GAGCCGCGCUCAUUCCCUCGUACGAGAUACGUGCGUGAAACGUUGUCGUGUGUCAGAUUCGCGAGAUCUCGACGGACCGCGCAAGUCCUCUGAUUGUGAUCGCAGUGACAAGAGAGAGACACAAGUGUUAACGAGCGAAAACCAUGGCCGACAGUGGUAUCAAGCGCAACAUUCCCAUCAAGCUCGGCGAUUUCAGCGUGAUCGACACCGAGUUCUCCAACAUACGUGAGCGCUUCGACGCCGAGAUGAAGAAGAUGGAGGACGAGAUGUCGCGGUUCCGCAGCGAGUUGAUGAACCGCGAGAGCAACAACUUCUUCAAGAGCACCACCAGUCGGCAUCACACGAGCACCAGCGAGCACCACACGUCGACGACCUCGAAGACCGAAGGUUGGGACAAGGUCGAUCCUGCAGCACCGUCGAAGCGGUCCGCGUUCGACAGCUUCAAAAGCACCACCACGCAACAGUCCACUCAGAACAGCAGUUCUCUGAGUCCUCAGCAUGAUCAUACCUGGUUGGACGGCCUCAACAGUCCCCUCAUCCAGGACGAGGGUGACAACAAGAUGCUGAAGCUGCGCUUCGACGUUUCGCAAUACACGCCCGAAGAAAUCGUCGUCAAGACUGUGGACAACAAGCUGCUGGUUCACGCCAAACACGAGGAGAAGACGGAGAGCAAAUCGGUUUACAGAGAGUACAACCGAGAGUUCUUGUUGCCGAAAGGAACCAACCCCGAGAGCAUCAAGUCUUCUCUGAGCAAGGACGGUGUUCUCACUGUGGAGGCGCCUUUACCGGCGAUCGGUUCGGGCGAGAAGCUGAUCCCGAUUGCGCACCAGUAAACUCCGGCGACGGAAACGUCGCGCGGAGGGAAACAAAAACCGACGUCUGAUUUUUCCUGCGAAUUCCUCGAAUUCCUUCCGAAUUUCCAACCACCAUUCUCUCUCUAUCCCGAAUUGGAUCCUUUCUCUUUUGUAAGUUCUUUCUAUUAAUCCUUUCUCUAAUCUCUUACAUACGAUAACUUAAGCGCAAGUCGAUUUAUUCGCGAGAACGAUAUUCGACCAAUUUCGACUACUUCAAAAAUAGCGAAAAUAAAAAUGAUAGCCGCGCGCCAAGCGCGUUGUGUGUAAUAUAAACUUAAAAAUGAAAAAAAAAAAAAAAUACGUUAAAAUCAAACGUAGAUCAAUAUCGAAAGUGCUACAAAAGUGCAAAUGUGCACAACAGAUAUAACGACAAAUGUUUGAUAAAUUUUGCCUUUUUCAUACGAGAGCAGCUUUAUUCCUUUGAUACACAGAGUAUUUUCGAAACUCCCCCUCGUAGCGUAACAUUUUUCAAGAAAUGUGCAUUGCCUUUUGACAAGAAAUAUUUUUUUUUUAGUUAGAGAGACGGUUUUUUUUUCGAGAAGCUGUGAAUGAGCUGUUGCUUACUUGUGCACCGCGAUAUCAAAUCGAAAAAACUAUUACAAAUCAACGAAAACAAAAAAAAAAAAAAAA